CGGUUCCUCUUGUCGUGAGUCUACCGUCACAUUUGUCAUCCGCAGGAGAAGUUUCGAAACUUCGUGAAAUUGUAGCUAUCUUUUGAUCAUUUGGAAGUCAUUACUUUGGUUGAGCACUGCGGUCUUCAAAUACUUUUCGUCAGUCUCGGCUGCAUCGGAUUGACCUUCUGUUUUCGUCUUCUCUCACCUUUUCUAAUCGAAGUUUAUCAAGAUGAGCUUCUUAUUUGGCAGUCGCUCAUCAAAGACUUUCAAACCAAAGAAGAACAUUCCAGAAGGCUCACAUCAGUAUGAACUUCUGAAACAUGCUGAGGCCACGCUUGGAAGUGGCAACUUGCGCCAGGCCGUCAUGCUUCCUGAGGGAGAGGACCUCAACGAGUGGAUCGCUGUCAAUACGGUGGACUUCUUUAACCAGAUUAACAUGUUGUAUGGCACCAUCACUGAGUUCUGCACUGAGACUAGCUGCUCUGUUAUGUCCGCUGGACCAAGAUAUGAAUACCACUGGGCUGAUGGCACCAACAUUAAGAAGCCAAUUAAGUGUUCAGCUCCUAAAUACAUUGAUUACCUGAUGACGUGGGUGCAAGACCAGCUGGAUGAUGAAACCCUCUUCCCCUCGAAGAUUGGUGUACCAUUCCCUAAGAACUUCAUGUCGGUGGCAAAGACUAUCCUGAAGCGCUUGUUCCGUGUGUAUGCCCACAUCUACCACCAGCACUUUGACUCCGUCAUGCAGCUGCAGGAGGAGGCCCACCUGAACACCUCCUUCAAGCACUUCAUCUUCUUUGUGCAGGAGUUCACCCUGAUAGACCGUAGGGAGUUGGCUCCACUGCAGGAUCUCAUUGAGAAGUUGUGCACCAAAGACAGAUAAGAUAUCAGAAGAAAAGUCAGAUAAUAUUACAUUUUCAGUGUUCUCCACAACAGAAUCUCUUCCAGGUGUAUCCAUCUCCUUAGUCUCUCAUCUUUGUCAUGUCUUUCUUGCUUGCUUUUUCUUUCUUUCUCUCUCUUUCUCAGUAAGUCACAGUCUCAAGGUGUCUAUAUCUUGAGAUGAUCAGUGAAUCAUGAAAUUGGGACCUAAUGUGAAUCUUAGAAUGAAAGCCUCACACACCAGCGUUUUAUCAUUAUUUUCACUUCACUCAGUUUUACUCACACUUACCUAUAUUUACCAUGUAUACUUACAUAAUUGAUGGAUUGUUUUUUAUAGAUUUAUUGCGUUUAAUGCUGCAGUUUGAGGCCUUGUUAUUAGAUCUUGCUUUUUAAUUGCACACCUGUAAAAUGUCACUGAUCACCUUGUUUUGUAAAAUUUGUUCUUUAAGAAAUGGGGAAAAUGUUAAAAGCAUGUAGAGUGUAGGCGUAGUUUCAUAGCUUUUAAUUUAACCUCUAGAUGACGUUUUGGCAGGACAGUUGUGUUUAAAAUGGUUAUUUGUUAUCAUGGAAGUGUUUUAGGUUUAUAUUUUAAGUAUUUUAAAUGUGACAUUUUUCUUUGUCAUUUCAAUCAGUUUGUGCAAAGGGUCCACAUUAUGCCGUUUUAUUAUUUUAAUGUUUUUUUUAUUCGUGCUGGCACACAAUGAAAAUAUCAGCAUUCACAUUUUAUUUGUGUUUUUCAGCGUUAGAAUUGAUCAUGAUGUGUUCAUAGCGCAGGGCUGGGGCACGGUAUUAUAAGGGACCUAAAUGCACUUGCAAUUAACAGUCACCUUAGUAAGACUUUGUUAAGGCAUUGUAGGCAUUGUUUAGAAGUCUGUCUCUUUGUUUAUUCUGAGAUCUUUGACCACGGUCAGGUGGAUUCUAGAUACUCGGAGCUGAUGUGCUGCAGCCUGUAGGAAGGUUGACCCCUCCAGACUGCCUCGAGCAUCAACAUGUCAUUGCAGACUCAGAGUUUCCUUCCAGUCAGUUCAUGGUUUUCAUUCCUUUCAUCUUACCUCAGCUUUCUCAAUGCAAUAAUUCUGAAAUAGUGUUCAUCCAUACUGUUAAAGCCAGUCUGUUUCGUGUGCUGUUAUAUAAGACUGUCUUAUCCCUUUUUUGCCUGGAAUAGCACAUAAACCUUGAACUUCAGCAAAAGUGAAUUGGUCAUUCUACAAGAUGACCAAUGAGGCGUCAAGAGUCAAGGCACCAUGUGUCCUCUCAUAAGAGUCCACUUUCAAGGCAACUACCAGUGGGCAUCUAAGGUCACUUUAUGUGCCUGACGUUUUAUUGGUGAAUUUGAUGCUCCGUGUUCACCUUGGAGCCAGUAAGUAAUUUUUUAAGUCCAAAUGAGCUAACAGACACUUGAAUGCUUUUUGCCUUAGAUGAACUAUGCUGUCCUGGUGCCCACAAUCAGCCACACGGAAGGAAUAGGCCGUAAUGGUUGAACACUGAUAGUAAAACAAUUUUUAAAGGUGUCAAUUUCUGAGUGUCUGUUGCUCACUUGCAUCCUGGCUGAAAGUGACUUCAUGGUCUGUGACCUGAGCUAAAACCGUGCCUUAAAGAGACCAUAUAUUGACUGAUAUGAUUGUGAUAUAGUUUUUUUUUUUUUUUUUUUUUUGUCAUUUGUGGCAUAGUAUAAUUUUAAAUAAAGUCAGAUCAAAUCCUUUA